UGAAAUACGCCGUCUUACCCUCUGAAAUAUACCACUAAAUACCGAUUUACGAUAUAGGACUAAAAAAUAUACCAUUAUGCAAAAUAUCGCAAACUAUCGUGUGUAUUGAAUGUUCAGAAACGCCAUCACCUUCGAACAGCUGUUCCAAUUAUUAAAUUCAAACUAAACAUUCAAUUAAAGGUAUUAAAUAAUGCCCGGCGAAGAAACAAUCAAUUCCACACAAAACAAAACGCGGACAAAGACUACGCGCCCGAAAGCCGUCUACCAGUGGACAGUAAGCGACGUGGUGAAAUGGUAUCGUCGCCACUGUGGCGAAUACUCGCAGUACGACCAGCUAUUUGUCCAGCACGACAUCACAGGGCGAGCGCUGCUGCGCAUUACAGACACCUCGCUGCAGCGCAUGGGAGUGACGGACAAUCGGGAUCGUGAGGCAAUUUGGCGCGAGAUUGUCAAGCAGCGCCUCAAAACAGAUAUAAUGGAGAUACGCGAUAUGGAGCGUCUCAACAUACGCUAGGGGGCAGGAGCUGCAGCAGUUAUUAGUUCAAGCUUUAUUUUAGAAUAGAAGUCUUACUGUUAGAAUAAACUACAUUUAAGAUCGGA